AUGUAAAGAGGGCGUGGGAGCAAACGUGGCAGGGGUAAUGGAUUAUCUCGUGUUGGGGAUGCAGUCGAAUCCGAAGUAGGCAGCAGCGCUCCAGCUACGUCAGCUGAUGAUGUUUAUGAAUUUAAGAGUAGUCCAGAAAGUGAAUUCACACCGAAUCCUGAUUUUGGCAACCGUGACGAACGGGAAUGCUCUGCUCCUCCUAGCGCGAAACGCCAGCGUCUUACAGAGAAUCGACCAGAGAGCCAUGGAGGCAGUGCUCAUUCAGGGGAUAUCGAAAUGGAUGAAGUUGAAGAAGAUGAUGGAAACUGUAGGCAUGAUGUCAGCGAUAGAAAAGUUCCUCCUUUGCGAAUCUCCUUACCUAUCGCACAAUCUGAAGAAGAUAUACAUGGUGAACACACUGGUCAUCAGCACUCUUCGAGUCAUUCCAGUGGUGCAAGGAAAGGUCCUCGCGGUCGACAUGGGAAACGUCAUAAUGAUGCUGACGAAGCGCAAAGAAUGACUCGUAGUAAGGUGCGACAAACUGGCCGUGUUCUCGAUGAGAACGAUGCCUGGACUAAGAAGAAGAGAGGACGCGCC